ACCUGCACAGCUCACCACUGUGGGGAAACGCUGCUGCUUGUGGAUUCAGGACUUGUGCAUGGACCUGCAGAACCUGGAGCGGGCUCGGGAUGACCUGCGCUUUCGGGGUGUAAAAGGCACCACUGGUACUCAAGCCAGCUUCUUGCAACUCUUUGAGGGAGACCAUAGUAAAGUUGAAGAGCUGGACAGAUUAGUGACUGCAAAGGCAGGAUUUAAGCGGGCUUAUAUGGUCACAGGGCAGACCUAUAGUCGCAAGGUGGAUAUUGAAGUCCUGUCUGUGCUGGCCAGUCUUGGGGCAUCUAUACACAAGAUUUGUACUGACAUUCGUCUUUUGGCCAACCUGAAGGAGAUAGAGGAGCCUUUUGAGAAAGACCAGAUUGGUUCAAGUGCUAUGCCUUACAAAAGGAAUCCAAUGCGUUCAGAACGCUGCUGCAGCCUGGCUCGACACCUGAUGACUCUGGUGCUGGAUCCCCUCCAAACAGCCUCUGUGCAGUGGUUUGAGCGAACGUUGGAUGACAGCGCCAACAGGCGCGUGUGUCUUGCUGAGGCUUUCCUCACAGCUGACAUCAUUCUGAGUACACUGCAGAAUAUCUCCGAGGGACUUGUGGUAUAUCCAAAGGUGAUUGAGAGGAGGAUCCGGCAGGAACUCCCAUUCAUGGCCACAGAGAAUAUAAUCAUGGCAAUGGUGAAAGCAGGAGGCAACCGUCAGGAUUGCCAUGAGAAGAUUCGUGUUCUCUCCCAGCAAGCAGCUGCUGUUGUGAAACAGGAAGGGGGCGAUAAUGACUUCAUUGCCCGUGUCCAAGCUGAUCCUUACUUCAGCCCUAUUCAUAAACAACUUGAAAGCCUGUUGGAUCCCUCCUCCUUCACUGGACGCGCUCCUCAACAGGUGGCAAAGUUCCUGAAGGAGGAGGUUCGACCAGCACUGAUUCCAUACCAAAGCAAGAUGGGUGGAAAAAUUGAGCUGGCACUUUAGGUAUAUUCUGUAAAGGUGUGUGGGUACAGGAAGAUAAUAAAAGCCUUAUUGAACCA